AUGAAAGAGAUUAGUGAAAAUGUUUUUCAAGCUUGGGUAAUUUUAGGAGAUUUGAACUUCCAUCUUACAAACUCAGAUGCUUCUCCUAGUGUAACUACUAUGGAUAAUUGGAUUUGCAAUGUUGUCAAUAAUGCGGGUUUAAUGGAUUUGGGAUUCUCUGGUUCUCAACAUACUUGGACUAGUAGAAUAAAUGGAUUAGGCCCAAGAAGAGCUAGAAUUGACAUGGCACUUCAUAAUGAUAUCUGGAUUAGAGAUUUCCCAGACUCUAAGGUCAAACACUUGCCGUUUCCAGGUUCUGACCACUUCCCUUUACUACUGGUUACUGAAGUUGAUGUAGUUAGACCUAGAAAUGCUUGGAAAUUCUAUAGAUGUUGGCUACAAAAUUCUAAUGCUUCUGCUGUUAUAGAAGAUGCAUGGAAUUGUGCUACUAAAGAUGAUACUGUCUCUCAGAAACUUAACAUCACAAGGCGAAAGCUCUCUAAAUGGAAUCGAGAACAGUUUGACCGUAUUAAUUUUCACAUAAAAAAUUUGAGAGAUCAGCUAUCUGAUAUUCAAGCUCUGCCUUAUAGUGAAGAUAAUUCUUAUAAGAUAAAUCUCACUUUACAAAGGUUACAACAUUGGAAAAAGAUUGAAGCAUAUUUCUGGCAUCAAAAAUAUGGAGAUACCUGGUUCAAAGACUUAGACAAUAAUACGAUUUACUUUCAUAAUAUGGCGAAUAGAAGAAAAGCGUGA